AUGGGAACCCAAACAGCACCUUACAAUCCCACCAACGCAUUUCCUUCCAAUAACAAUGCUAGUUACCAGCAGCGACAACUACCACCUGUGCCUCCUUUAAAAACGAACAAUGACAUGUUCAAGGUGGCUCGUAAGCCUUUACCGCAUCUCGAUCAACAAGCAUUACGUUCCUCACGCCCUGUAUCAUUCACUCCUGCAAGCACAACGUCCACUCCACCCUCCUCUUACUCUUCCUCUUCUUCUUCUUCCACGGUUGUCAAUGAACGACGUCAAUCGGCACUUGGUAUUAGAAGGUCGCAUAACAUGCUGAGUGAUACGGAUGACAAUGAAUCGGUUUAUUACAACAAUUAUGCAGUACAUCUUGAGAGCGACAAGGAGUCAUCCACCGGCAAAAAGUUUUGGUCGAAGCCACGGACGAAUGAGAAAUGGAAAGAGCUGAAUCAAAAGCUGAAAGAUGAGAAGAGAACAAAGCAGGGCAAGAAGCUAUGGGGCAAGAUUGUCAAGGCGAGUCAAAACAUGGCUGAUCGAUUACCAUCAUUACGUGAUGAUAGGGGACCCGAAUCGGAUGAAUCGGAUUGGGAAGGUGAAACGCAUGUGUCACGAGUGAUUCGCGAGUAUUAUGAAAAGAAGCACCAGCCAUUGCCAAAUUGGAUGUUUGAUGAUGAACGUAGCAGGCAGCAGCAGCAGCCAUUGAAACAGCCAAAAAGCCAAGAUGUGAUGAAUAGGAGAGCUCACAGGAAACCAAAGCUAUGGGAGAUGGACGAUGCAUCACAACGACAUCAUGCCACGUCUCGACUACAACCACCACCACCAACACAACAAGGACGUUCACGUUAUAUGCAAAACAAUUAUCCAUCACGAGAAUCACUCGCUACUACUUACCAACGUCGUAAUGUAUCUUAUGAUGCGAGCUAUACAAGGCCUGACGACAAUGGAUAUCUCCACCAGGGACGACAGCCAUUUGUGUCACGAACGAGUUGGGCUCCAGGUCAAUCCACUGAAGCAAGAAAUCCAUCAUACGAGUAUCGACGACAAUCACAUCAGCAAACAAGGCCUGUACAUAUAUAA